CCACAGAGGAAACUUUUCCUCUGAAGCUGCUGUAAAAGAUCAAUAACUCCUUUGACAAAUGACUUUGACAGAUUCGCUUCCUUAUAAACACAGUUUGGCUGUUAGUGUCAUUUGGAAACCGUGUCGGUCACGUGACUUGCUGAAACCAGCACGCGCACCGGCACGGGGUUUGCUCUGUGGGCUUGACGCAUGCGCAGACGCGUCGGUGUUGCCGGACCAUCACUAGGAUUUUGACAUUCCUGGUCUAAAGGGUUGGGAAUCUCCACUGGUUCCCAGACAGCGUCUCUCUCGGGGCCCCACGCAGCUCGAACCGGUCCUGGUUCUACCAGCUCCGCUCCGCGGCAGCAGGGGGCGCGAAAGCAACGACACCAACCGGAAAUACGCGCUUCAGCUUCCGGCUUCCGUAAACACGUGCAAGUGUGUUGAAAGCAGCGAGAGCAGCAGAACCUUUCAGAACCUCUCAGAACCGGAACUGCUGGACCAUGUUGGAGCAGCUGGGUCUGAUCGGAACCAUCCGGGACGAGGAUCUGAGUCCAGAGGAACCAGCAACUGAAUCCGAGCCGGAGGUGAGCCAGUCCAGAACCGGGACCAAAACCAAACAUGAAGCUGAUUGUUGCGCCGCAGCUGCUGCUGGGUCAACUGGACUCUCUGAGGUUCGGAUCUGUCUGGUUCUGAUGAAAUGGAUCCGACCAUCAGAUCUGAGACCAGCUGAAUGUUCUGGAACAAAGUCCAACAGAACCGCGGUCCUGAUCCAAGCAUGUGAAGGGUUCGGUUCUGGUGCAGUUAAAACCACAAACUGGACCUGGAGGUUCCGAUGUGUUGAGGAGCAGCAGCAGACGGAGAAAUCGUCUCAGAGUUCUGAAGCUGAAGGCUCCUCAGAGAUGAAGGAGGAGGAAGAGGAGGAGCCUGCUGACAGAGACGAAGAGGAGGAGGAUGGUGAUGAAGAGGAGGAGUUUGGCUCAAGUGAUGAAGAGGUUCUGACCAAAUCAGACACUCUGAGGGAGAAAGAGCGGCGAGGGAGGAAGAGGAAGGAUGCGGAAGAGGAGGCUCCAGAAACGUUUUCCGAAGACGCGUCUCAGUACAACGAGCAGCUGAUGUUCGAAGAGAUGAACCUGUCCCGACCCAUCCUCAAGGCCGUCACGGCUCUGGGCUUCAGAGAGCCGACGCCGAUCCAGAAGGCCUGUGUUCCUGUGGGGCUGCUGGGCAGAGACCUGUGUGCCUGCGCUGCCACCGGAACCGGGAAGACGGCCGCCUUCAUGCUGCCGGUGUUGGAGCGCUUGGUUUACAAACCCAGGACGUCCCAGGUGACCCGGGUCCUGGUUCUGGUUCCGACCAGAGAGCUGGGGAUCCAGGUCCACUCGGUGGCCCGCCAGUUGGCCCAGUUCACCUCCAUCACCACCUGCCUGGCUGUUGGCGGUUUGGACCUGAAGUCCCAGGAGGCGGCUCUGAGGGCGGGUCCAGAUGUUCUGAUCGCCACACCGGGCCGACUGAUCGACCACCUUCACAACACGCCGAGCUUCGAGCUGAGCCACAUCGAGAUCCUGAUCCUGGACGAGGCCGACAGGAUGCUGGACGAGUACUUUGAGGAGCAGAUGAAGGAGAUCAUCAGGCUGUGCUCCUACAACCGGCAGACCAUGCUGUUCUCAGCCACCAUGAGCGAGGAGGUGAAGGACCUGGCGGCGGUGUCGCUGAAGCAGCCAAUCAGGAUCUUUGUGAACAGCAACACGGACGUGGCGCCGUUCCUCCGGCAGGAGUUCGUUCGGAUCCGACCGCACCGGGAAGGAGACCGGGAGGCUGUGGUGGCAGCGCUGUUGACCCGGACCUUCCAGGACCACGUGAUGGUGUUCACCCAGACCCGGAAGCAGGCCCACCGGCUGCACAUCCUGCUGGGCCUGCUGGGCCUGAAGGUCGGGGAGCUGCAUGGAGAACUGAGCCAGAACCAGAGGCUGGAGAACCUCAGGAGGUUCAAAGACGAGCAAAUCGACAUCUUGGUGGCGACCGACGUCGCGGCCCGAGGUUUGGACAUCGACGGCGUGAAAACGGUGAUCAACUUCACCAUGCCGUCCACCACCAAGCACUACGUCCACCGGGUCGGCCGCACGGCGCGCGCCGGCCGCUCCGGCCGCUCCGUGUCUCUGGUCGGAGAGUCGGAGAGGAAGACGCUGAAGGAGGUGGUGAAGUCGGCCAAGAACAGCGUGAAGGCCCGCGUCCUGCCCACAGACGUCAUCCUGAAGUUCAGAGAUCUGAUCAGCAAACUGGAGAAAGACGUUGAAGCGGUGAUGAAGCUGGAGAGAGAGGAGAGAGAGAUGGCUGCGUCUGAGGCGAAGCUGAGUGUGGCUCAGAAGCGUCUAGAAGGCUCCGCCUCCUCCAGCGACUCUCAGAGGGUUUGGUUUCAGACGCAGCAGGAACGCAAGCAGAGCCGCAUGUCGAAGGCUCUGCAGGACUUCGAUUUGGCUCUGAGAGGAAAGAAGAAGAGAGAGAAGUUCCUGAAGGACGGGAAGAAGAAACAGCUGACGGUAAAAUCAAUCACUGAUCGAUCGGAGACCAACCUGAUCCUCUCAUCUACUGGUCAUUUACUGGUCAUUUACUGGUCAUUUACUGGUCAUUUAUUGGUCAUCUACUGGUCAUCUACUGGCCAUCUACUGGUCAGCUACUGGUCAUUUAUUGGUCAUCUACUGGCCAUCUACUGGUCAUUGGUUACCAGUUGGCUCUCUGUCUUUUCUGACCUGCUGUCUGUCUCCUUCAGGCCGUCCUUCGCAGACAGGAAGCGCCUCGGCUUGGACAGGAAGCGGUCGGGCGGCUCCAGGUUCAGGAAGAAGUGAGGACAGAGGAACCAGUUCUCCAUGUCUUUGUUGUUCUGCACCAGAUUAUAAAUAAAGUUUGUUUGAAA